AUGUCGGAAGACAUCACUUUUAAUGAACACACGCCACCUUCAGGUGCUGCUUCCCACCCACUUCCCGCCGGACCUGCACCACUCCUGUACCCUCUUAAUACGCCAGACUCUGGCCUUACCUGUACGCCAGACUCUGGCCUUACCUGUACGCCAGACUCCGGCCGUACCAGUACGCCAGACUCCGGCCUUACCUGUACGCCAGACUCUGGCCUUACCUGUACGCCAGACUCCGGCCUUACCAGUACGCCAGACUCCGGCCUUACCUGUACGCCAGACUCCGGCCUUACCUGUACGCCAGACUCUGGCCUUACCUGUACGCCAGACUCUGGCCUUACCUGUACGUCAGACUCUGGCCUUACCUGUACGCCAGACUCUGGCCUUACCUGUACGCCAGACUCUGGCCUUACCUGUACGCCAGACUCUGACCUUACCUGUACGCCAGACUCUGGCCUUACCUGUACGUCAGACUCUGGCCUUACCUGUACGUCAGACUCUGGCCUUACCUGUACGUCAGACUCUGGCCUUACCUGUACGUCAGACUCUGGCCUUACCUGUACGUCAGACUCUGGCCUUACCUGUACGUCAGACUCUGGCCUUACCUGUACGUCAGACUCUGGCCUUACCUGUACGUCAGACUCUGGCCUUACCUGUACGUCAGACUCUGGCCUUACCUGUACGCCAGACUCCGGCCUUACCUGUAUGCCAGACUCCGGCCUUACCUGUAUGCCAGACUCCGGCCUUACCUGUACGUCAGACUCCGGCCUUACCUGUACGCCAGACUCCGGCCUUACCUGUAUGCCAGACUCCGGCCUUACCUGUAUGCCAGACUCUGGCCUUACCUGUACGCCAGACUCCGGCCUUACCUGUAUGCCAGACUCCGGCCUUACCUGUACGUCAGACUCUGGCCUUACCUGUACGCCAGACUCCGGCCUUACCUGUAUGCCAGACUCUGGCCUUACCUGUACGUCAGACUCUGGCCUUACCUGUACGCCAGACUCCGGCCUUACCUGUAUGCCAGACUCCGGCCUUACCUGUAUGCCAGACUCCGGCCUUACCUGUACGUCAGACUCCGGCCUUACCUGUACGCCAGACUCCGGCCUUACCUGUAUGCCAGACUCUGGCCUUACCUGUACGCCAGACUCUAACCUUGUCAGCUCGCGGAAAGGAUACACACAAAACAAUAUUGGGGCUGGAGAGUGCAGCACGUUACUAGAUCUUGUACAAAAGUGCCGCACGUUACUAGAUCUUGUACAAAAGUGCCGCACGUUACUAGAUCUUGUACAAAAGUGCCGCACGUUACUAGAUCUUGUACAAAAGUGCCGCACGUUACUAGAUCUUGUACAAAAGUGCCGCACGUUACUAGAUCUUGUACAAAAGUGCAACACGUGUAUUACCCCUCCAUCUCGUACCUUCCAACCUGGUACACCUAUGCCCACCACAGGACAGUCAUCUACAUCCACCACAGGACAGUCAUCUACAUCCCCCACAGAACAGUCAUCUGUUGGGGUUUAUGUGGUUCCAGUCCAAGUUGCAUGUCAUCCACCACAAAUGCCUCCUGAUCCAGAAAUGGAGCUACAUACAAUGGUAGUUGCCGACUUCAAACAGAGGCAAAGUGAUUCACCUUCAGGGACCCAAAUAUCUCAUAUAUCCCAGCUAAAGGAGUCCCUCUCCAACUCCCACUCUCAUGAAAUUGAUUGGAAGCGAGAGGCAAUCUGCGGGAACAUUCGAGGUGCUUAG